CGUGUCCCACAGGGUCGACGAGAGCCGGAUCAAGGAAGUGGGAGCCGACCGCGCAUGCGCGGAGUGGCUCCUCCGCUGCGGUGCCCACGUCCGGUGGAAGGAAUACCCCGAGAAAUGGGUCUCGGAUUACAAUACCCUCUCGACGCCAGGGAUGUCGGGGAGGAGGCUUCGUAUCCAGGCCAUCAACGCCGAGCAGGCCUGCGUCAUGAGCACUGGCUUCCGACAUCUGUGGUCUGAAACACGUGGAGGAAGUGAAGUUCCAUCGCUGUUCCUACUUGGAUGACGAGUCCCUGCCCAUGCUGAAACCCCUCGCCGAGACGUUGACGUCACUCG